AUGCAGAUUCCUACAGCUGAUGUCAAAUGCUUGGCAACGAUUAUCGAAUCCAUUGUAAAGGAAGUACAAGAGGAGACUGUGGUGGAGGAACGAGUUGUUGAUCUUCUAGCGCUGAUUCCAGAUGUCUUUCAGGCUAACCCUAUGGCGCAACGCAUUGCGUAUCUUAUUACCACGGUUCAGCCACUCGCUGUUGUUGUUUGUUUGAUCCGUCCAUCCUUACAAAGCUGCAAGAUCAAUCUCGCGGCAUUAAACGUGUUGCUAGAGGUUGUUACUUUCUGUCUAAACUUGCCUGACUUUUCUACCAUUGAGGCCACAAUGACGGCACAUCUUGUAGAUACAAAUGUGUUGUAUGGACUACUCGAUUCUCUGUUUAGUCGUGGAAAUGAGGUUAUUAGAGCAUCUGCAGCAGAGUUGUUGUUUAUUCUCGUGGCAAGAAUUACGUUAUUUGGACGUACGCUUACUGAAACGGUAGGGGUAAUGGACCAGAUUAGUGUACUUGUGUUCAACACGGGAAGUCCGUUCGCGGCAGUUAGUGAGUACUUAGCAGGUAUACUUCGUGUUUCUUGUGGCAGAGAUCCGGCGACACUGCCUCCUACUUUACUCCGUGAGGCAUUAACUUUACUCGCCACUCGCUGCCAGGAACCGAGUCGAGUGGUUAUUCUUAUUGCAGAGUGUGUGGAGAUUUUGAUAACGCACCAUCCUUAUAUUUACUUGCGAUCUCUGGAGACUGGUGAGGUUCCGUCAUUAAACAAUAUUCUCAUGGUUUCAGAAAAAAUAGAGGACAAACAGUGGAAUGCUCUGAUGAAUCUCUUGGGUACACUACUACAGAUAGAAGGGCAGACACAUGUAGAUGACAUUGAGAGACAGACUGCAGCAUAUAAGGUAGUUCUACAUGACAAGAAAUUAUGGUCAUCACAAGAAGCAUUUAUUCGUGGAAUGCAUAUUGUAUUUCAUGCAAUAAAUGCAGCUAUAACAGAAACUGUUCAAUUGCACAUGACUUCUACCUUUUUGCGUUCAUUUCCUUUGAUAUGUCGAGUUAUUAUGGAGGGUUCUCAAGACGUAAGAGAACAUGCUUCCCUAAUUAUUAGCCUUACACUUGCGAAAAAUGCACAGGUACGCACAAUAGUUAUAGGUCUAACAAGAAAUUAUCUUGAAUGGUCAAAAGAACUUUUAGAAUACAUCAUUAAUAGUAUACUCAGUUUUGAUUUUAAAGAUUUACCUAUCAUAGAUGCAACUGGUAUUAUACUCAACGAUCCGGCUACACUACCUCAUGAAAAAGAAACAGAUAUUGACAAGUGGGCUGAAACUCUUUUGAUGUUACAGGAAGAACGUAUGAUAUGUGGUGAGCAUCAUGAAGUUAGAGAAGAUGCCCUUCAACGAGUGAGAGACUCUUCUAUAGAUGACACUUUUCUUCUUUCCUGUACCAAGGCUAUCCUUUUAAAGGCAUGCAAAAAGAGUUUCAUAGUCGAUACAACUUCAGUGGAAAAGAAGAAAGAAGGGUACAAAAAAUGGCUUACGCAGCAGCAUAAAGGUUUUCAAAAACAAACCCCAGAAAAAUCUACUUUGAGUAAUGAUAGAAAAAAGAGUCUCAGAAAGGGAAAGAAACAUCAAGGUGGAUCUCGUACCAUCACUACUGAUGAUAAUUUUAGCAUGGCAGUACUUUCUUACUUGCCAUUACUCUUCGGAGUGUACUUUAAUCGUGCACAGAGACCUUCUCCGCAACGAAAAUUGUAUGGCCUAAAUGGUAUAGUAAUGCAAGAUAUUCACCGAAAUACUCAAAGGUCAUGGAACCUAGAUGAUGUCCUAAUGGGAGAACUCUACUCUUUCUUUAUUCCAUUUCAUGAACUGACUGCAGAGCGUGUGGAGAUUGAGGUGUUGAAUUUGAAGCGUUUGACGCGGGAACUCUCCCGCAAACUUCUGACGAUUCCCAUAUCACAGAGGAGCCGACGUUGUUUUUUGACGGACAUGGUUAACAACAUCCUUCCGAAGACGGAGUUGCUCGUUCGUGAACUUGCAGAUAUGCUGCAUCGACAUGGUCCUGAGAGUAUUCUCUAUCAACUGGGGCUUAUCCGUCUGUUGGAUGCACACUUACUAGAUGCGGCAGCUCCGGAGAUGCAUGUCUCUCGCGAGAUUACAGUGCUUUCCCAGUUUGUGUUUAAGGACGUUGUGCACUCCGGAAAUCUGAUGUACUGUAUUACACAACUACGACAGCGGUUUAGUGAAAAGAUAUGA